UAUUUCUUUCCUUUUAAACAACCACAGAGUCAAUUAUUUUGCACAUGGGUUCUGAAGAAUGAUACGAAAUUUUGUACUGUGCUGUACUACUGAGGCACAACAGCUAAGAAGAGCAAUAUGGAUUAUGUCUGCUUGAUAUUUUACUGAAUGUGAUUUAUGAUGUUGAUCUUUGAUCCAAAUGUACAUUUGUCAGUAGUUCUAUCUAACUUGCCUUGUCCAGAUUGGUGAUAAUAGGCUUCUGUAUUUCAGUUUUAAUGUUAGACCUACAGGAUCAACUGAUAUUGGGUGAUAUGAUAAUGUCUACAGUAUAGUGUAAUAAGUUACAUAUGGGUGUGUGUGUGUGUGUGCAGGCUCUGCUAUGACUGUGGAUGUCAGCCUAAUUGCUAUGGCACUCCAUACAAAGACAAGGGGUGGAGCUCUGAUGGAAUACAUCAGAGCCCCCAGGGCAAAGUACACUAUAGUAGGAGAAGCAAUACGUUAUGUGAUACCUGGACAUAUGCAAUGCUCAAUCGGAUGUGGAGGUCAAGCCUGCAAGUACGACAACCCAAGUUACUGGAGGGAUGACCAACAGGCCAUAAAAGGCCUCUACUCCUCCUGGGUUACUGAUCAUCUUCUCGCUAUGUCCAGACCCUCAACAGAAAUCAUUGAGAAGUUCAACAUCAUUGAUCAGUUCAGAGGGCAUGGUAUUAAAACAGUGAUCAACCUACAGAUACCUGGUGAACAUGCUAGCUGUGGAAACCCUCUGGAACCAGAGAGCGGCUUUUCAUACCGCCCAGAGGUUUUCAUGGAAAACAACAUUUAUUUCUACAAUUUCGGCUGGAGUGACUAUGGAGUGACCAGCCUCACAACUGUUCUGGACAUGAUGAAGGUCAUGGCCUUUGCACUGCAGGAGGGAAAGAUAGCAGUCCAUUGUCACGCUGGUCUUGGCAGAACAGGUGUGCUGUUAGCAUGCUUUUUGGCCUAUGCCACCAGGAUGACUGCUAACCAGGCUAUUUUAUAUGUACGUGCUAAACGCCCCAAUUCCAUCCAGACCCGAGGUCAGCUGCGUUGUGUCAGAGAGUUUGUUCAGUUCCUUGCCCCUUUGAGGAGCGUGUUUUCCUGUGCUGAGCCUCGAUUUAACCCAGUCACCCUGUCCCAGUACCUGAACCGUCAGAGAAACAUUCUGCAUGGCUAUGAGAGGAAGGAGCUGAGGCACCUACCAAAGAUUGUCCAACUAGUGUCAAAGCUGCUGUUGGACAUUGCAGAGAAUCGACAGGUGAUUGAGGAGGACAUUCUGGAGGCCCCUGAUAUUCAUGACAUUGAAAUGACUCUCAGCAUCAUUGAGCAGAUGGGCAACGAGUUUUUUGCAAAAGAGCCCCGCUUACCAGGUACACCCACCUUACCGAGACAUUUCAACGAGCCACCCAUCUUCUACCAUCGCAAAAGUCUGAGCUACAGUGAAUCCGACCUGAGACGACUGGGCUCACAGCUCAACCUCCUCACACAACCUCUCAGCUCAUUGUCAAAGAGUAAUGUUGAAAUGUCCAUUGCCCCAUCCGAGUUCGCUUUGCCUGCAGCCCAUUGUCGCCGUUUCAAUAGCGACACGUCUGAGAUCUCACACAGCUCAACAGGUUCACUCUGGCAAAUCAAGAAUGAAGAAAACCAGAAAGAUGGAUGCAUUCUGUUGAAGAAAGUGAAGCGGGAAACCAUCCAACGUAGUGAGUCAGUGGGAAACAGUGAACCUACCAAAAAGGGUAGUAUGUUAUCAAGAUGGAAGGCAGAGCAGAGGAAAGAGAUGGCAAUGAAUGGGAUAAGCUCUCAAGUUUGCAAAGAGGAGCAAUCAGAGAAGUCAGAGGUGCCCUUUAUCACCCUGCAGUCAGAGUUGUCCCUGGAUGCCAGGAGGUUGCUAGUGGCACAGGCCUUAGCCGUGGACCUUUUUUUUGAUGGGCAAGAGGAGCACAAAAACAAAGUCUUGGCCUGGCAGGCAGAACUGAACCAAGGCGGUGGCUGGGAAAGGCUGUGUAUGGAGAGGGACCCCUUCAUCCUCACUGGGCUCAUGUGGGCGUGGCUGGAGCAGCUUAAAGAGCCGGUCAUCUCCAUCCAGGAAGCCAAAGGCCUCAACCCUGACAACACCGAUGCUCAAACUGUCCUCAACACACUUGACCAGGCCCCUAAAGAAACAUUAAUGUGCAUACUAGAUUGUAUGGCUCAUAUGCUGAGUAUACCAGAAGAGGUUGAAAAUGCAUUCCUGAUUCGCACUAUCAAGGCCUUCACCUGGAUGGACAGCAAGUCAGAGGAUGGAAGCAAAGUGCAUGAGACCAUGACCUCGGUCUUACGGUGUGUCCUUGAAGACAUGAGACGCAUGAUCAUCGAAGCAGAUGAGACGCCUAUGUCUCCUUUUUCUGUAACAUAA